CCUGUUCUGUGGAGGGAGCAGCUGUUUUUCUCUGCAGCUGUCCUCAUUGGCCCAGAUUGAGGGCGGAGGGCACUUCCGAGGGAGGGAGCCAGGGACAGAGCCUAGCAGCCAGCCUGGCCUGGCCCCUGCUCACCAGCCAGCAGUCUCUCCCAUCAUGCUCGGUGAUCACUGUGGCCUCCCGGCAGACAGAGCUCUGCUCGGCCAGCCCCCCAAAACUGGAUUUUGCUGCAAAAUGGUGCUUCAGGCAGUCAGCAAAGUACUCAGGAAGUCUAAAGCAAAGCCCAAUGGCAAGAAGCCUGCUACAGAGGAGAAGAAGAUGUACCUGGAGCCAGAGCAUACUAAAUCCAGGAUCACCGACUUUGAGUUCAAGGAGCUGGUGGUGUUGCCCCGGGAGAUCGACCUCAAUGAGUGGCUGGCCAGUAACACAACAACAUUUUUCCAUCACAUCAACCUGCAAUAUAGCACAAUCUCAGAAUUUUGCACAGGAGAUACAUGUCAGACAAUGGCCGUGUGCAACACACAGUACUACUGGUACGAUGAGCGGGGAAAGAAGGUUAAGUGCACGGCCCCUCAGUACGUCGACUUCGUCAUGAGCUCUGUGCAGAAGCUGGUGACUGAUGAAGACGUGUUCCCCACAAAAUAUGGCAGAGAAUUCCCCAGCUCCUUCGAGGCCCUGGUGAAGAAGAUCUGCAAGUACCUAUUUCACGUGCUGGGCCACAUCUAUUGGGCCCACUUCAAGGAGACACUGGCCCUGGAGCUGCACGGACAUUUGAACACACUCUACGUCCACUUCAUCCUCUUCACCAGGGAGUUCAACCUGCUCGACCCCAAAGAGACUGCCAUCAUGGACGACCUCACUGAGGUGCUGUGCAGCAGCCCUGGUGGGGGCUGUGGCGGGGACGGGGCCAGUGGCGGGGCCUCGGGGGCACAGAACCACGUGAAGGAGAGAUGAGCCCAGGCUGGACGGGUGCACAUGUGCAAAGAGACGACCGUGCAUCUGCGUGUGCGCACACGUGCCAGGCACGACUGCGGUGAGGUCCGAGGGCUCGGGCCGCCCCGAGCGUGGGCUCCACGGGUGCGCUGGGGCUGCAGCGUGCUUCCUGGCUUCCCUGUUGGAUGGAUGAGUGCUGUUUGUAGCAACGAGCCUGGGAUUCAUUCAUUCAUUCAACAAACAUUUAUCAGACUGACAUUUGUGUUUUCUUAUGUGGGGUUUUCCUUUCUUGGGUCUUCUUUGUGGACCCUGCCCUCCCACGGGCCCUACCUGGGGGGGCUCUGUUGCUUCGGAAGAUGCACUUCACAGGAGGUGGGCCUCUCUGAGGCUGGACCUGCACACCGCCGGGUUCUGCUCUGUUUUGGGGUGGGGCUUCAGGCCCUCCCCUGGCCUUGCCUGGGCCCUGGCUCUUUGUGGCUCUGAGUGGGGGUGCUGAAGUGCCCACCAGGACCCACACCUGCUGCUUGCUCUUGUCACCCCUUCCUGCUGCCUCCCCCAGCCCGGCGAGGGUACACAGAUGCCGGGUGAGGCCAGGCCGAGGCUCUGUGUGGGGAUGGAGCAGGCGGAGGCAGAGAUCGCUUUAGUGCAUCUGUUCAGUCGUAAUAAACAUAAUUCUCUCAGG